AUGAAGGCCAGGAAAACUUUCGUUCUAGUCAUCGGGGGGGGUCCCACGGGGAUCACGACAGGGAUGUACCUGCAGAAGCACAGAAUACCACACAUACUAAUUGAGAGAGAUAAACAUAUCGAGAAGGUACCCAAAGCACACUAUUACAAUAACCAAACGAUGGAAGCAUGGAGGGGCAUUUUCCAUCUAGAUAAAUGUUUCCUAAACGAAACGGAAGACGUGAAUUUGUGGAAAACCUUUCAAUAUGGAUUAAGCUUGAAGACGGACAAGACGCUGUGCAAGUAUGAUAACUUUAGGGACAAGUACAUGUACAAGAAUACGUACUAUGAGGACAUUAGUCCCUCCAAGGUCACCCACUUGUCCCAGUACAAACUGCUGGGCAUCCUCUACAGCUACUACUUGAGCCAAAUAAAAUGUGACCCCCGGCAAAAGCGGGCAUUUUUAAAAAACAUAAGGCUAAAGUUGUCAACCCACCGAAUGUUGAGGUACAUUUGUAGAAACAGUGGAUUGGGGGGAGAGGAGACAGACCAAGCGGUAGGAGCGGAUAAAGAGAUACAUAAGGGAACAAAUGAGGGAAUGGAUAAAGACGCCACAGGAGAAGCACUUUAUAAAAAUUAUUUCUCCUACGACAUGUCCGAAUUUCUGGUAGGAUAUGAAUUUAUCAAUUUCGGGAAUGUCCUGCGACAGGGGGAGAAUUCUUGCCAUCGAGAGGUGAAUAACCAUAUGGGAAAUAAUUACGAUGGAGUUGACUGGGACGCCCCACGAGAUGGCUUCUACCCCCCUUAUGGAAUCUCCCCACAGGGUGUUGUAUCUCGGGUUAAGAAUUUGCAUAACAACGAAGAAGAGGUGAUCCUAAGUAACUACGUUUUCGUGUGCGAGGGGGGAAAAAGCGAAAUAAAAAAGAGUCUUAAGAUAAAUGACGAAAAUAAGAAGGAUUAUAUGAAGUUUAUAAACAUUCACUUUCAGUCAUUACGUCUGAGCGAUAUUGUAAAGUGCAACCCCUCCAUGUUAUACUUUUUAUUUUGCGAAUACCUAGGGGUGUUAGUUUCUCACAAUUACAAACAGGGAGACUUCGUUUUACACAUUCCGUACAUAACCGAGAAGGAAGCAGAAAUAUAUUAUGACAAAAGUAAGUGCCUGGGAAUAACAAACAAGCUCACUGGUUUCGAGUUGCCGGAUAUGUGUAUUCAUAAUGUGUAUAAGUGGACCAUGCAUAGCUCAAUUGCCUCCACAUUUAUGGACAAAAGAAGUAAGAGGAUUGUGUUGUUGGGGGAUGCGGCUCACAAAUUACCCCCGUCAGGAGGAUUUGGCUUAAACCUAGGCAUUGGAGAUGUGAUAAAUAUAGUGUGGAAAACUAUUCGAAUUUAUAAUUUAAAAAAAAAAAAAAUUCUCGACAACAUUAGGAGGAAGGUGCCCGAGGUAUGUAAUGCGCAAGAGGAUGCUACUCCCAAAUCACAUGCGGAGAGUGCCCUGUUGCUGGGACUUAACAAAAUAACACUCCCUUUUAACAUGUUGAACAGAUUGGAAAAAAAACAAAUAGAGAAUUACAUCGAGUCGUAUAAUAUUGAGAGGAAGUUGGUGGCUAAUUUCACCAUACACCACGCUGUUAGAAAUUACGAAAAAGGAAAUAACGUACCAAGUUUGCUAGGAUAUAAUCACAACUCUUUUGUAAGAUAUGUGAGUUCUUGUAGGGUUAACUGCAUUCAAAAGUCGCUCUUUUUUUAUUACCUACUUGCAAAUGCUAAAGGACUCUUAAAAUUUAUUAAUAACCUUCCCUAUGUUUUCGAAUUCAAUCGAGCACGAGCAGAAAAUUUUGUCCAAAAUGAGCGCAAGAAUAUUCUCUCUUUGCUGUACCCUGGUGUGGACUUUGGCUAUUCUUACGUAGAUACCAUGUGUGGUCUUGGAGAGAUGGAAAAGGAACCCUUCUCCGAUUUGUCCAUCCAGGGAAAGAGGCUUCCGUCAGAUAGGAGCGGCAAGAAUGAGGACUCCCCCCCCGAAGGGGUUAGCAGCUCUAUUGAAGUGGAAGUCUGUCUGGGGAGGGGGGAAAAUGGGGGAGACACACAUGGUGCUGCAGGCAAUGCCAGGGAACCCGACCAAUGCGACGAACUUGGCCAACUUGGCGAACGUGAACACAGUGGCCAGCAGGACGACCAGCCGCAUCACAGUGGCGCGUGUGACGCCCCCCCAAAGUACAACAUUUUCGAAAAGCAGAAUGAGAAGAUACCCAAAUUGAAAAUAUGCAAAAAUAUAUACGACCAUGCAAUGAGCAACGUGGUGGGGGCCAAAAUACCCCAUUUUAAUCUCUACACAUUUGACUCGAAAUAUAUUUACAAAAUAUCUACAGUGGAUCUACCCAUAUUUAACAAUCCCUUCUUAUCCAUUUUAAUAAUCCUAUUUAAUGAUACAACUUUAAAUGACAUGGCUCACUUCUUACACGCACAUAAUAUACCAAGAGAUAAAUUCUCCUUCUGCUUAUGGGACACGGACGUUGUGGUAAGCAAAAAUGCGGAGGACCAAUCCAUUCGAAUUUUAAAACGGGAGGGUACUACGAUGGUAGAUAAUGAUGACUCCUCUUAUAUGAGUAUACCUGUAAAUGACUAUGUCCUCUUUCCAAAGUACGAUUAUAAUUUUGUGGGAAAUGCCAGAAAUGUGAAGCAUAUACAUUUGGAUGUGAAGGAAUACAACGUGAGCUAUGUGUUCACGGCGAACAUAAUACGCGACCUGUUUUUUGAUACCCUCAUGUUGAAGUCGGAUAAUUCAUUCGUAAUUUUAAGACCCGACCGGCAUAUCAUAUCGGUUGGGGAAGGCAACUGGGAGGACCACCUACGGGAUGUCCACGAGGUGUACAUUUGA